AUGAGGUUCAUACUCGCGCUAGCCGCGGCGGCGACCGCCACCACCGACGUGUUCUUGGCCUCGGACCGCAUGGCGGCGUCGGCGGCAGUCUUGAACUCGGUCUGUGAUAACAGCCAGCCGACCGCGUUGCGCCUUCACCUCCUCGCUCCCACAAAAGAGGCCGCUCAGACGCUCGCGACGGCAACAGAAACGGCGUGCGACGGCGCGGUCGUGCUGCCGUACGGCCUCGCGGAGUUUGAAGCGCAAGUCCGGACGCGUGUCGGGGAGGAGCCCAUGUGGACGACGGCGCUCUCUAAGGUCGAGCGGUCGAAAUCUACGUACGCCGUACCCGUCGUGCCCUGGGAUCGCGACGAGAAGCAUACGUCGCCGUAUAAUCACGCCCGCUUCUACGCGCCCGCUUCUACGCUCGUGAUGCUCGACGACGACGUCAUCGUCCAAGGAGACGUCACGACCUUGACCACACGAAAUAAGGCCGUGGCGGCCGGGUGCCAACAGUGGUACGUCGGGCACGAGGGUGAGUUUUAGUCCUCGACCACUUUGACGUAUGCGGACGUGCCCUACUUCGGCUUUGGCGUUUUGUCGGCGCAGGAUGACCCCGGAUGCUCGCACGAGGGCGCCACGGAGUGCAUACCGGGCGACGCGCGCGACUGGUUCGCCGAGGUGGCACGCACCGACCAAGCCGUCGCGAGGCGUGCAUCGUGGCCGCGGCUCCUCCGGCGCCUCGCCGCGAUCGGCGAGGACGCGUUCCCUGCCGAGCCUUCACCUGACGCGGGCGACGCGUUCGUCGACGAGCUAUAUAACACCCGCGCUUGGAACUUUGGCCUCGUGGUGAUCGAUCUCGACACGUGGAAACAGCACCAGCUCACGGCGAAAUAUCAUGGCUGGCUCGAGGCCAACUACCGGCGCGCGUUCUGGCCCAGCGACUCCCUCGCGUUCGGGCUGGGCCUACCAUUUUUAGCUUUGAGGGGUGAUGUCGAGUGCUUCGAAGACAGUGGCGAAGUGCGCUUCGAGCAGGGCCUGGGCGUGGCGCCGUGGGUCUACACGGACCGCGACACCAAGACACUGGACGAGGCCUUCGCCUUACAUUGGAACGGUAAUAGAAAACCAUGGGACAUGGAUAGGUGCGACGACGCCACGCGGCCCUACUUUCUGCGCUACCUCGCGCGGUCGCCGGGGCUCUACGGCGGGCACGUCGCGGAGAGUGGGGGCGACUACUGGGCGGCCUGCGCGCCGCCGCCGCCGCGCUACCACGGUUUCCGGUUUCAACGGAAGCUCUACGGCGUGAAUUCCGUCGAGGGCACGGCCUGGGCGACGUACGCGGAUGCCUACGUGUGGGCGGAAGACUUCUAUCGCUACGACCUCGACCGCUCCGCGAGCAACAUCUCGGACUGCGUCGCCAUCUGCCGCGACCUCUUCCCGGACGUGGUGGGCGGCGGCACGCUGGCGUGCCCGCGGACGAAGCUCGCGCUGGAGUUGCUGAGAGACCGCUUCUGGCAGCCGGGCUGGUGGGGCUGGACGGGCCACUUUUCCGGAGGCGGAACGGGCGCCGCGUCGUUCAACAGCUGCCCCGGCGUCAAUGGCACCGUCGCCGCCGACGCCGGCCUGUGGUACCCGGGCCGCCCCGACGAUGGCGGCGCCUGCCCCAUCAGCGAGCAGUGCACGGUGCUGCUGGACAACGAAUGGAAUACGAAGAGGAAGUGCUGGAAAAAAGGCGAUUACGGCCGCGAUUGUAAGAAGUGGAAGACCGGCUGGAUCACCCGCCGCGAGGCCCUCGACGACAAGAGUUGCGGCACCGGCCGCUACCCGGUCCCGCCGUCGACCAAAGAGAAGACAAAGAAGAACGACAAAGACGGAGGAAAACUGGACGCCCGCGUGACGUACGGCCACCGCCGUAACGUGUGCCUCUGCGAGAAGACGCCGCCCGCCACCUACGACCCGGCGGCCCUCGAGCUUUCCUCUCCAGGCCUCGCGGCGGGGUCUCUCGCUCUGGCCUGCGACGACAUGGUCUCCAAGCACCUUAAGUACGAUAAGCCACACACAAGACCGACGGGGUGGGUCGUCUCCCUCAUCGUCCUUCUCUGCAUGUGCUGCUGUUGCUGGUGUUUUGCGUUGAUGAAUAAUAUUGCCGACGGCUGUUGCGAAGACUGGUGCCGAGCGGCGCCACCGAGGCCGCCACCGGACGACGAGGGUCUCACUUUCACGACGGCCGCCGCGGAAAAGUGCGUCAUGCCCCUCGUCUGCCUUCUUUGCUUCGUGCCAUAUACGUUGUUUUCUCUUUGUGCGUUGAUGAAGGACAUUUGCGUUUUCUCUUUGUGCGUUGAUGAAGAAAUGGAGAAGGUCGACCGGGCGAAUGAGUACGGUGAGACGCCGCUGUACAUCGCCUGCAGGAACGGCCACGUCGAUGCGGCGCGGCUGUUGCUGAGAAAAGGCGUGAAGGUCAACUGGGCGAAUGAGUACGGUGAGACGCCGCUGUACGUCGCCUGCCAGAACGGUCACGUCGCAGCGGCGCGGCUGCUGCUGGACAAAGGCGCGAAGGUCGAUCGGGCGAACAAGAACGGUAUGACGCCGCUAUACGUUGCCUGCGUUAACCGCCGCGUCGACGCGGCGAUGCUGCUGCUGGACAAAGGCGCGAAGGUCGACCGGGCGAUGAAGAACGGUGCGACGCCGCUGAUGAUCGCCUGUGAGCACGGCCACGUCGACGCGGUGCGGCUGUUGCUGUCGAGCGGGGCGGAUUUUAAUCGGGCUGCGAAGAACGGGGCGACGCCGCUGGGCAUCGCGCAGAAGAAAGGCCACUCGUCCAUCGUUGCGCUGCUCGAGGAGCAUAUUUACCCGCUGCACGCCGCGGCCGAGACAGACGAAGUCGACGCGAUGACGCAUCUUAUCGACGGCGGCGCCGUGGUCGACCAGACGAAGGAGGACGGUGCGACGCCGCUGUGGAUCGCCUGCAGGAACGGCCACGUCGACGCGGCGCGGAUGUUGCUGGAGAAAGGAGCGGAGGUCGAUCGGGCGACGGAGAACGGUCAGACGCCGCUUUUCGUCGCCUGUGCUGAGGGUCACGUCGACGCGGCGCGGCUGUUGCUGAACAAAGGCGCGGAGGUCGAUCGGGCGAAUCAGAACGGUGCGACGCCGCUCUAUAUUGCCUGCCAGGAGGGCCACGUCGACGUGGCAAAACUGUUGCUGGACAAAGACGCGGCGGUCGACCGGGCUGCGGAGAACGGUAUGACGCCGCUGUCCAGCGCAAGAAACAAAGGCCACUCGUCCAUCGUCGCGCUGCUCGAGAAGUCCCUACCACUACCUCUCGCGCCGCCGCGCCUCGGCCAACGGCAACAGUCGGAGGACAAGUGCUCUAUCUGCCUGAAGCCGUACGACGACCGCGCGUGGACGAAGUGCAACCACAGCUUCUGCCGCAAGUGCAUCACGCAAGUGUGUCGGACGAACCGGUCGGCGGAUCGAGCCCCGUGUCCGUUUUGCAGGCAGCCCGUGCUUUUGGGCGAGCUCACGAGACGAGGCGAGGCGGAACGCCGCGAGACCGAGCGACGAGUCGCGCCCCCGCCCGCUCCCGCCCGUGCGGCCUCGGAUACGACCAGCGACCUUGCAAUCGCGCGGGCGCUGAGCAGGGAUACCGACGCAGCCCUCGCGGCCUCCCUGCAGGCGGAAGAGGCGGCCGCCGCGUCCUUGCCUCGUCCUCCUCCUUGA